UAUUGAAGAUCAAAACAAGCUUGCAUUACUAUAGCAACUAUAAACAGUAGACUGGGAGGAUUUCUUAUUGUUUAUUUCUUUAUUUCUUUAACAUUUGAUUGGGCGGUGAGUGAUGCAGACACUGUAUAAAUGAAAGGACAGAAAGGAGAGCAGAACAAACUCCUAACAGGAGUAGACUCACUCAUGGCCUAUGAGACAGAGGAUCAGGAGACUCAAUACUGCUUUCCUGACAUCAACUCAUCGUGUGUCAAAGGAAAACGCUCCAUUCAGGAAUAUAUCAUCAUGUAUGUGUUCUUUUCACUGCUGUCAGUAUGGACUGUGUUUCUGAACCUGCUGGUGAUCAUCUCCAUCUCUCACUUCAAGAAGCUUCACACUCCAACCAACAUGAUUAUUCUCUCUCUGGCUGUGGCUGAUCUGCUUAUUGGCCUUAUUGUGAUGCCUAUAAAGGCCAUCAGACAGGUUGAGACAUGUUGGUACUUUGGAGACACUUUCUGUGGACUCAAUUCAAUAUUAAUUGGGGCAAUUUUCUCAGCAACUCUUAGUAAUUUAGUUUUAAUUGCUGUUGAUCGUUAUGUUGCUGUGUGUCACCCUUUACUGUACCCACAGAAAAUAACCAUGGCCAAAAUGUUAAUGUUUAUCUGUCUGUGCUGGAUUUACUACUCAGCUUAUAACACUGCUGUUGUAAUGAAUAAUAGAUAUUUUGACACUUCAAACAGAACAGACAUGUGUUAUGGAGACUGUUCAGUCAUAAUGAGUUUUGGUUGGAUACUCACUGAUUUGUUCAUGUCUUUUAUUCUUCCCUGUCUCAUAAUGAUCAGUUUAUAUCUGAGGAUUUUCUAUGUCGUUCAUCAGCAAGUGAAGGUUAUAAACUCUCUGAUGAAGGGUGGUAAAUGUGUAACGGAGGGUUCAGUCAAGAGGAAAUCUGAGAGUAAAGCUGCUUUGACUUUAGGAAUUAUUGUGUUAGUUUAUCUGCUUUGCUAUAUCCCAUACUACAUCUGUGCUUUAUCUGUUAACUCCUCCACAACUAUAACUGUUUUGGAAUGGACUGUUUACACUAACUCAGGUCUGAAUCCUCUGGUUUAUGCUUUAUUUUAUCACUGGUUUAAAAAGACAGCUAAACUCAUAUUAACUUUGAAGAUAUUUCACCCGGAGUCCUCUCUGAUCAAUGUUUUUACAGAAAAUGAACUGUAAUUUAACUGAUAAUCUCUCAUAUUAGUAGAUGUUAUCUCUAAGGAAAAAAAACUGCAGAGACAACAUGGUUCCUUUUCUUUC